AUGGCGCACAGCCGACCGGAGGCACACGAACACCCGCCCGAGAAUGGCUUCACCCCGCUGGAGCGACCCGCGCUCCGAAUGCUGCCGCACAUCGACGGGUGCGUUCUGCCAUCUCUGGGGGGGUUCGGGAGACACCAGAAGCAGCUGGUGGUCCUGACCUGGAUACCUGCGCUGUUCAUCGGCUUCAGCCAGUUCUCGGACCACUUUCUGCUGGCGCAGCCUAACGGCACGUGCGUGAUGCCCGCGGGUAACUAUAGUAACUGGACCGGGUCACCGCUGCUUGCCAUUGGGGCGCCCGCACUGCAGCUCGGGACCAACGGCACCGCGGAGGGACCCGGGGACGGUACUGGACUGCUGUGCGCCUGUGAGGAGCAGAGGCUGGAGCUGCAGACGGGACUCCUUCAGAAUGUGGUUACCAAGUGGCACCUGGUGUGUGACUCGGCCUGGAAGGUUCACAUAGCCAAGUUCUCCUUGCUGGUGGGCUCAAUCUUUGGCUACCUGGUGAUGGGUGUCAUGGCUGACUGGUUUGGCCGACACCCCGUGCUGAUUCUCUCGGCCCUUUUCAUGCUGGUGUUUGGCCUUUCUGUCGCCUUCUCUAUAAAUGUCACCAUGUUCAGCACCUUACGUUUCUUUGAGGGUUUCUGCUUGGCGGGCCUCGCUCUCUCCCUCUACGUGCUCAGAAUUGAGCUGUGCUUGCCGGGCUGGCGCUUCUCCAUGACCAUGGUGGCCAGUUUUCUGAAGGUGGGCGGGCAGCUACUGAUGCCAGGGGUGGCCUCUCUGUGCCGCCAUUGGCCAAAUGGGGAUGAUUGGCAGGUGCUGCAGAUCGUCAUCAUCAGCCCUUUUGUUCUGAUGCUGCCAUAUGUCUGGAUUUUCCCUGAAUCGCUUCGCUGGUUGCUGGCAACCCAACACUACAGGCGCUCCAAAGCCAUGAUGCUGCGCAUCGCCAGGAAGAACAAGGUUGACAUGACAACAGAGCCCAGUGGAGUUCUUGCAGAGCUGGAGCAGGAGUUACACAAGAAACCUCAGAGGAGCUGCAUUGUCAAGAUGAUGAGCACCAGGAACCUGUGGAAAAACAUUGUGGUGUUAUGCGUGAACUCUCUGACAGGUUAUGGGAUCCACCACUGCUUUGCCCGCAGUAUGAUGGACCCGGAGGCCCAGCCCACAGCUUUGUGCCACACCGACUACUACACCAUGGCUGGCAUUGCUGUGGCCACAUGCUUGGCUCUUUGCCCUGCAGUGGGGCUGAUGGGUCGGCGUGGAGGACUGCUCACCUUCAUGAUUAUAACAGCUCUGGCAUCGCUGCUGCAGCUGGGUCUGCUCAACUUGAUUGGAAAGUACAGCCUUCGCCAUGACACAGUCCUUCGAGACACUUUGAACAGAAAAUUCUCAGUUGCCUUCUCCAUCAUCGGCAUGUUCUCCUCUCAUGCCGUCAGCACACUCAGCAUUUUCUUUUGUGCUGAAAUCACUCCAACUGUCAUCAGGGGUGGAGGUCUGGGCCUCGUCCUGGCUAGUGCCGGCUUUGGGAUGCUCACUGCCCCCAUCAUGGAGCUACACAACCAAAAGGGCUACUUCCUGCAUCAUGUGAUCUUUGCCUGCUGCACCCUGCUCUGCAUCAUCUGCCUGCUGCUGCUGCCGGAACCGCGUGGCCAGCCGCUGCCAGAGAGCCUGGCAGACGGUGAGACCUUCACCCGUCAGACGCUGCUCCAUCCUGGGGAGCAGCAUCUCCUCCUCGUCAAAUAUGAGAGGGACUACUCCCGUGUCCACGACACGCCAUUACAUCUCACAGCCACCGGGGGCACCACGGCGGCAGUCGCCACCGCUCUGGCAGCGGUGCCUGCCUCCUACUCUCUGGCAACAGGUGGUGAGGUGAUAGGUAAUUGUGCCAUUGCCAAUGGGGUAUGAGCAUCACAGCAAUAGUCUUCUACUGUGCAAAAAAAAAAAAAAACUGAUGCAGCGGUAACCAGAUGUAAAAUGUGAUUAAAGUGUUCGGACAAACCAGAUGAACUGCUGUUAUACUGUAGUGAGGUUUGAGAUGAUGACAUUAUUUGCAAGUUAGGCUACUUUUUAGUGACAAUGACUCAUUCAGGAGUUGCCAAAAAUAUUGUAAGGGCCAAGUUUGUCUGGAGCCCAGAGUGUGAGGAGGGUUUGUUUUUUUAUAGGCAUGUAGACCAGCAGCUGAUGAGUUUUGACUUGUUGAAACGUUAUAAUUCUGGAUCCAUUAGAGCGGGCCUAAAUAGUUCUUAGGUGUGAAGAACUAUUUCUGCUCCCUUCUUUUUGUUGGUCAUGGAUAACCUUAGUAAAUACAAACAGCCUUUUUCAAUAAUGAUUUCAUUUAUUAACUAAAAUAAGAUCUUAUCUAACCAGCAGGGGUUUGUGUAAAAAAGCAUUUGCCCCUUAAAUGCCAUAGUAGUUCAUAAUUGCAUAAGAGUGACUUAUAGAGAUGAGGAGGAAUUUUGGCCCAUUUUUCUCUGCAGAUUAUUGUAAAUUUAGCCAAGCAUCAAAUACAUAUUUAGAGCUGUACCACAGUAACUAAGUCAAACUGUAAGGGUUUCAAUAGGCCA